AUGUCGACCACCAGUCCUGAACAGAAGUUCAUUAGUGAGGUAUGGGGUCUUCAGGGGACCGCAUACGUGGUAGUUGCCCUCCGCUACUACAGCCGGUUUACUGUUCUGGGAUGGCGCUGCCUGGCUUGGGACGAUAUCCUGAUGCUUCUAGCAAUCAUGGCAUAUACUGCCGAGUCGGUGAUGGCGUACCUCGUCGUGGCCCACUGGAAAGGCCUCGCGAACAACGCCAUGACCGACGAGCAGCGCGCGGCUCUGGACCCGCAGUCGCUGGAGUGGGGGCUGCGCGUGAACGGGUCGAAGACCCAUGUUUGCGGUCUCCUGCUCUACACCACCCUCCUCUGGCUGCUGAAGGCCUGCUGGCUGCUGUACUAUUCCCGUCUAGCAUACGGGGUCUACAACACGCGGAGGGUGAUACAUGGGGGCAUUGUGAUCACGGCUGGCUCGUAUGUCGCCUGCUUGCUGGUGGCCUUGUUCAAGUGCGUGCCCUUCGAUCACCAGUGGCAGAUCAACCCUUCCCCUGGGAACCACUGCAUGCCAGCCAUUUCAACUAUUCAGACCGUCUUCGUGAUGGUCAUGAACACCUUGUCGGAUUUUUAUCUCAUGGCAAUACCACUACCGCUCAUCUGGAGAUCUAAUCUUCCAUUGAGAAAGAAGCUUAUUCUCUUGGUCAUGUUCAGCGGUGGGUUCCUGGAGAUGGCCUUCGGUAUCCUACGAUGCGUGUCUAUUCUAACGGUAGGUGUCCCUCGUCCACCGUCAUCACCACACCCCCUAGCAUUCAAACUCGGCGACACCGACCCGUCGCAAUCCGGCUACUGGUCCGUCCGCGAGUCCUUCGUCUGCAUCGUCCUGACCAACCUGCCGAUGGUGUACCCGCUCUUCAAGCGGUUCAUCGACAAGGGGCGGAGCGUGACCGGGACCAAAAGCGUGACCACGCGGGGCUACAAGCUGAACAGCAUGCCCAGCCGCGCCAACGGCAACUACAGACGCCAGCAGCAGCAGCAACAGCAGGCCCCGUAUUCCGGGCCCAACAACGACGGGGCCUGGGACUCCAAGGAGCAGAUCAUCCACGGGCGGGGCCACGGCCCGGAAUCGAGCAUCGAGGCGGGCACGCUGUCGGACAUGUCGGCGGAGCCGGCGCCGAGCGACCAUAUCGUGGUGACGACGGAGUUCACGAUCAUAGAGCCGAGUCCGCGGGGGUCCAGGACUUCUAGCAGAGAGACAUGA